AUGGGAUCACGAGUCUGUGUAAAGCAACCAACAAUGCUUUCUAUGUAUUUCUUUAAGGGCAGACUUGCCCAAUCUGUCUUAAUAUUCCUUUCAGCUGUUGCGCUGCUGGCUACCGAGGUCCAUUUCCUUGUUUCUGCAGUCCCUCAUGGGACCUUCGGCGACCACUGGGCGAACGGUGUGCCAUCCAGCCCACCGCCUCUCCAGUACCUCAGUCAGCGCAUUUUAUUGAAAAGUGUGGAGGAAAAUGCUCUCUCAGGGGAAAUAGAGGGCAGCGCCGCUGAUGUUGCGGGGCAUAAGCGAGAUGUGUUUACUAAGUAUCCCGACAAUGUUGACGAGACCCUCGGCCUCGAUAGCAGUUUUAACCCGGCAUCACUGACGCCCACUUCAGGCGCUCAGGGACCACAUGAAUUUGGAGAGAGCAUUCAAGUAGAAAAGUUGCAGCCACAGCUCCGGGCACAGCAGCAUGAAGAUGGUUCAGAUGCAGAGAGCGGCGACUGGGAAUGGGCGGCUGAGGACGAGUGGACGGCAGAGGAGCAGCAGAAGAAGGAGCAGCAGCAACAGGAGCAGCACGAUCAGGACGACAAGGGAAACGACAACGACGAUCAGAAGCUCAAUGCGGGAGGUGGAGUUGUCCCGCAGUGGCACCUGGAGAAACCUGCAGCAGAAGAUGACUUAUCAGUCUUAACCAAUGCAGGCCCUAGCGGCGCCGGCCGAAGGACAUCAGACAGAGUCGUUGGCCAAGGCAGUGAGCAGCAGUGGACGCAACAGCGGCAGAACCGCAACGGGCAGCAACUAGAGCACGACAUGAAUGGCUGGUUUGGACGCCCUUCGCAACAGCCGCAGCAGCAGCCCUUGCCGCCGCAACAGCAGAUGCUGCCCCCGAACCGAAACCCUUACGGACGGGGAGGCGAGGGUGGGCGACCUAAUCCAGGACCCCCAAUUAACGGGCAAGGAAGCUCGAGGGGCCCUUCUGGCGGCCCCUUUGGGGUCCCUUCUGGGGGUCCAUUUGGAGGCCCUCCAGGGGGCCCCUUCAGCGGCCCCUCAGGAGGUCCUUUUGGGGCCCCCACAGGAGGUCCCUUUGGGAGCCCCUCGGGGGUUGCCUUUGGGGGCCCCCCGUCAGCUGCAAAUGGGGUCCCACCUUUCGGCCAGCGUGAUGGGCCCGCUAAUGGCCCAGUUGGGGGUUCAUCUUUCGGGCAUCGAGGGGGCCCCCCUGCAGUAUUAUCUGGGCCUCAGGCUUUGGGCCAGCGUGAGGGCCCCGGUGGAGGCCUACAUGGGGGUCCACCUGGAGGAUCCUCUCGUGAACCCUUUGGGGUACAGUCUGGGGGCCUUCCUGGAGGGGUACCUGGAGGCUCACAUGCGGGGCAGCCUGGGGGGCCGGGAGGCCCACCUCUAGGCUUCUCAAGGGUACCCACAGGGGCCAGCUCUGUCGGCAUGUCUGGAGGCUUACCUGGGGAUGCUCUACGGGGCUCCGCUGUGGGCCCUUCUGGGGGGGACCCUACAGGCUUCCCUGGAGGAAUACCUGGAGAUGGAAGUGGGGGCCCCAUGCAUGGGGGCCCCCAAGUGGGUUUCCCCGAUAGCAUUCCUGGGGGCGAGAGGAUGGGCCCUCCUCGUGGCCCACGUGGCGCCCCUUCUGCGGGUGCACCUGCUGGCCACUUGGGAGUCGGUAAUGCACAAAAUGGAGUAGAGGGGUGGUAUGAUGAGGAAGAUGAGGCCAUCCAUGGACAGAGAGAAGGGGAGGGAGACGCUUUUGACAGGCCUCCGCAGCAGCUCCCUCCCCAGUUGCCUCAGCAACAGCAGCAGCAGCAAAUGCAGCAGCUGCAGCCGCAGCAGCUACCACUGCCGCCGCUGCUUCAGCAACCGCAGCAGGGUCUGCCUGUUCCACAGCAGCAGCUGCAGCAGGCAGCUCAUCAGAUGCAGCAGACUGCUAACCAUCUGCAGCUGCAGGCACACCAACUGAAGCAGCAGCUCCAGCGCCCACUUCAACAGCAACCGCCCCCGCCUGAUGUGCAACCUCAACAACGGCAACAGUUGGAGCAGGAAGAAGAACAGCUGGAAGCUCAGGAGGGGCAGCAGCAAGACCAAGACGACGAGGGCACGACGAAGCGGAGACGGAGGCAUUUCUUAAAUGCUGCACUUGCUGCAGCACAGGCAGCAGCAAACACUUUCUUUGAGGUUGCUGGUGAUCCGGAGAACAAGAGCCCUGAGGGGGAGGGGCAGGUGCAGAGAGUAAACUUGCAGCAACUAAACAACCAGGUAGAGAAUAUAGUCAACGACUUUCUCAAGCCUGUGCAAGGAGAGACCGGCAGCAGGAGCAACCGGAGAGGCAGCACGACCCUGCGAGCUGCAAGUGUUGACGAUGAAGACGGCGCCUACUCCCACGAUGAGGAAGACUCUGAAGAGGACUACAUACAGCAGCAAAAGUUCCGCGCACAGCGGCAGCAACUGUUGCAGGAGCAGCUGCGCAACCAGCUUCUACAGCAGCAACAACAACAAAAUGGCAACCAGGAACAAGGAGCUGCUACAGGCAGGGACGGGGAUGUAGCCAACUACCGCCGAAAAGCCCUUGAAGGCUUGAACGCCCGCAGGCUGCCGUUGGAAGCCUCUUAG